AUGUCUAAAAAGAGUGAGGAUGUUUUGCUAAUGGUUAAGCAUGUUCGUCACAAGAAGGUCGAUGGAACCUUAUAUGUUAACUCUGGAAGAAUAGCUUGGAGAAAUCAAACCUCUGAUUCGUUUCGGAUCAGCGCAGCUUUCGAGGAUAUUCGACUGCAGCGUGUCAGUUUAGACAAUAAGGAAAAGGUUCAGCUCCAACUGUUAAUGCACAGUGGUGAAUCAUUUACUUUUCACUUUGCUGACACUGCUGGUCGCGAAAAGCAGCUGGAGAUGCGCAACAAAGUAAAAGAAAUGCUGCAGCUUAUGCUGCCGAAGUUUAAGGAUAAGGCCCACUCCGAGUUGAACGAAAAAUUUCGCAUUUUGGAGUCAAAUCCCCAUCUACUGUCUCUUUAUAAGGAACUAGUAGUUACUGGUAUAUUGAGUUCUGAAGAAUUUUGGGCUCGACCGGAAUUUUCCCAAUCGAAGUCUUGGGUGUCACGUUCGGGUAUAUCACUCAAUUUAACUCAAGAGCGUACCCAGAUUGCUGGAGUUCCCAGCUGUUUACUGAGUGACAUCAAGCCCGAAAUGGAUGGUACAAACAGCAUCAAGUAUAAUCUCACUAAAGAGAUAAUUGACGCAAUCUUUCGGGCCUAUCCUGCCGUUCGGCAGCGACAUCGAGACCUUGUUCCUGAUAAACUCUCUGAGGCGGACUUUUGGAAUAAGUUCUUUCAAUCACACUACUACCAUCGGGAUCGGGGAAUUAUCAAUCAAGAUGAUGUGUUCAGUGAGUGCGAUGGAUUAGAUGAAAAAAUCCUGCGACAGGAGUUGCUCAGGUGCAGAAAAAUGCGCUUGGCAAGUCACCUAGAUGUUGGCGAUUUAGAAGAUCACUCGAUAGGUGAAGGCUAUGGUGUUGAGCCUCCCUCUCCUCCUCCCAUUUCUACCUCCAAUACAAAACAAAAAGUGAACACAAAUCAACUCCUGCUUCAUCGCUUUAACAAGCACUCAAUUCUGAUUAUGCGAGCUCUUGCCAAGUACUCCGCUGGAGCAGCCUCUACCGCUGCUACCAAUGAAUCCGCCUAUAGGGACCUUGCGGCGUCUGGCAACCUCAAAAGUGACGUCCAGCUGGCCAUCGCAGACGUCUCAGCCGGUGGCUGUCUCAUGGCUGGUGGAAAGUCGGCGACUGGUGAGAAGUCUGGUGCGCCCUCCUCCGUGCUGCUUCUGCUUUCCUCGGAGCAAUCGAAGGAGCUGAGUAUGCUUUACUCGGCUGCGGGUGAACUCCUGCGUCAUUUUUGGGUCUGCCUUCCCACGACCACUGUUGCGAUGGCGGAGAAAAUAAUUCGCAUUUACGAGAGUUUAGGUCGCUUUGAGGCGACAAAAUUGACGCCCUUUAUUGAGUCGGUUGAGUCGACACUUUCCAAUGCUGGUGUCCGAGGCAAUGGAGGUAACGGAAAUGGUAUCUACCGGUGUCGCGUCACCGCGCAUUUGGAAUCACUUAUUAAUGCUGCCAAAGACAAAUUCAACGAGUGGCAUGCAGGCCAAAAAAGGCUAAACAGUAGUCAAUAA